AUGUCUGAAAUCCCAGCUAACUCCAACGUCUCCAUCUUCGCCAAGAACGAACAAAAAGCCAGAGAAAUCAUUGGCAAAUUGGGCCUAAAGCAGGUCCCAGGCAUUGCCCGUGUCACCUUCAGAAAGAAGAACAACCAGAUUUACGCUAUUGAAAAGCCAGAGGUGUUCAGAUCUCACGGUGGAAACUUUGUUGUUUUCGGUGAAGCCAAGAUCGACGACUUCCCACAAAGAUUGGCCAAGGCCCAAGAAGAGGCCCAAGUUGCUGGUGGUCCAGGUGUUGCUGCUGCCGGUGCCGACGCCAUCUCUAAGGAUCCUCAAUCCAUCCAGAAUGACAUGGUUGCCGCCGCUAACGAGAGCAAGGUCUCCGAAGUCACUGACGAGGAGGCCUCCGGUCCUGUCGACGAGACUGGAUUGAACAACGACGACAUCGAGUUGGUUGUGCAACAAGCCAAUGUCUCCAGAGAAAAGGCUGCUAAGGCCCUGCGUGACAACAACUCUGACAUCGUCAAUGCUAUCAUGUCGUUGUCUUAA